AUGAGACAGACGGACUUGGCCCUCAGACCACAACUUCCCCCUCUCUGCUGUCUCUUUUUUUUUUUUUUUUUGCACUUUGUCAUUCUUGUGCAGGAAACUCGUCGUGUCAUUUCGUGUUUUGGACCGGAUAGAACCAUGGCCUCGUGGCGCAGGAGUCCGGUUCUGGCGGCCGUUCCCCUGUGGAUGAGUUUCGGGCGAGCUGCCGCUCUGGCUGAACCCGAACUCUGUUAUGUGCUGGACGGUCUUCUGUUUUUGUACGGCAUCAUCCUGACUGCGCUCUACUGCAGACUUAAGAUCCGUACUCUUAAGAAGCAUGCCAAGGGGAAUGCGAAUGUCAAGCAGAGUUCUCAAGAAGGCAUCUACUCUGAUUUGACUCCUCAUGCCCAGGACACAUAUGCCAUAAUUGACACGGUUAAGUGACAAGGAAAGGAGACCGCAAUCCAAGUUUUUAUCCCACGCUUAUUUUGGCGAGCUUUUAGGUGCAACGCAAAUUCGGGGACAAUGAAAAAUAAUGUUGCGUCGCUUACGUUUUGAGAAUUUGUUCUUGAUUUACUAUAUUGGGCAGUUAUUAAAAAAAAAAAAAAACAUUCAAUGCCACUUUUUUUUUUUUUUGCUUCAAUUUGUGUACACACUUUGGCCACUAGGGGGUAGUAUAACCUGCUAGAAAUAUAUAUUUAGCGUCACAAAAGAGUUACCAAUUAAGCCCUGUAAAUUUUACGCAGUAUUAAGAAUAAAUGCCUAUGGGUAUUGUGAGUAUAAUCUCAAAGAAUACAGAGCUUCCUGUUUGUUCUGAAACAUAGUUGUUGCAUAAAACAAAAAUGAAACCAAAAAUAAACACAUGGAGAGAAAAAGAUUAGCAUUAGCAUCUACCCGGUGUGCAAACUAUUAGCAUAAGCAACUGGCGUGCAAAUUAUGUAAUAGAAAGUAAACUUUCAAACAUGUAUUGACUGGCAUGAUCUACAAAUUGUAUAAAAAUCAUCUCAGUGAUAAGUGUCAUCUUUCCCGUGACAAAUAUUAAGAUGUGAAGGUCUUUAAAACUGGCAAAAAUCCACAAAUUUAUGGCUAACGCAAAAUCGAUAAUGGUGAUAUAAUAAUAUAAAUCAUUAUCUGAAAACUACAAUCAAUAUCACAUUGACAUUUUCAAUUUGGUGAGAAGGCAUUUGUAAGCUAGAAGUACAUUGUGUGUGGCAUCCCACAAGGGUCAGUGCUAGGACAAAUGUUUUUGUAAAAUCUUAAAUGACCUUCACAAUUGAUCAGAUUCUUUGAAAUGCAUCCAAUUUUUUAAUCUAAAAAAAAUAUUAAACAAGCGUUCAAUAAUUGUAGCUGCCAUAAGAAAAUGCACUGAACGUUUUGAUCUAAGCUCUGUUUCAAGUGGGAACCAAUUUUAGUUUUUGUGUUAGCGGUUCCUUUUUGAGAGUUACACAAGGGCGAGAGUGUCUGAUUUUGAGCCACCGGGUGGCGACGUUUUUCCGUUUGAACAAGCAAGUGGUGAAGAACGCAAGAAAUGCUUAUUUUGUUUCCUUUCUGAUAGCAUUUUUGUUUAUUGUUGAAAGCGGAGUUUGAAGACCUACCUGUAUUGUCACGAUUUACGUUUUUCUUCGUUUUCUCCCUCGAGCAAAUGCGGCAAUGAGGUAAUCCUUAGAUGUUAGCCAUGCUAUGUUAUGUUAGCAAGAACAUGACGAAUGUGUUUUAAGUGCAUGUGCAGAUUUAAGUUAUUUUGUGUGUAACGUUUAUUGUUCUCUGUGAGAACGUUUUAUGUUAAUAGUCUUUAUGUCUUUUAGUUCUCACGGCAUGUGUGUGGAGAAGUUGAAUAAAUGCCCGUUUUGAAGAA